CCGAUUUUUUCGAAUGAAUAUUCUUAACUAUACUUUUAUAUAGUUAACGAUUAACAUAGAUUGACAGAUGACAGAUAGUCAGCAGACGAAAAUCGAAUAUGAAGUAUCAGAUAUAAAUAAUUGUGACAUAAACUCUAAGCACAAAUAAAUAAAAUACUUAUAAACAACAUAUGUGUAAAAAAACAUAAACAAAUAAAUAAAUGAAAAUAUUAAAUGGCAAAAUAAACAUGUAUAUAUGUGUUAUACAAUAAUACGUUAUACAAUAACCUCCUAGUGUAAUAAAUUUUGUGCUAUAGAUAAAACAUUUCAUAGAAUUGAAAAUAUCUUUAACAAAAUAAAGUAUUGAUUAUAUUGACACAACGACGAUAUGUUAUAAUAAGAUAUAAAUAACAAUAAAAAUACUAUCAAGCAUUUCAUAAAAAUUGCAAAAACAUUUUCGUGGCUCGACAUUCCAUCACAACUUGUGAAGCUCAUUGUAAGCUCAAUAAUUUAUGAAGAUGAUUAAGGAAUAUUAAAUAUCAUGAAAUAUAUUAAAUAUAUUUUGAUUUGGCUGAAAUAAUUUUGUAAUACAGACACUUAUAGUCUCUUGUUUUUGAUAAAUUACAAGAAACCUCAAAAUGGGAUCCGAACAAAGCUCUCAAAGUGGUAACCAAGGUACUAAUAGUGGAAGAGCGAGAACUAGUCAGCUUAGACGAGGCAAAAGUGUUCCAAAUCGCGAAAGAAUGCCAGAAGAUACCCCACCAAGAUGCAUCAGUCCUGGCGCCAGUAUUUGUUCUGAUUCUGAUCUCCCAUAUAUUUCUUAUACAGUGAAUCGACCUAUCGGAGAUUCGCCAAAGAUGACUAACAAGCAGUCACAGCUUUACAGAGGAAAGAGUAUUGGAGCUGGAGAGAUUUCGAGGCGAAAAAAUAGUUUGAGCACCAUAAAUCACAGACACACAAAGACUAAUACAUCGGAUAAUAAGAUUCAUAAUAUUGUGGUGGUGAAGCCAGCUCAAGCAGAUCCUACAGCAGACAAGGAUCCUGAUUUAGUGAAAUUGCAGAGUAUUCCGAUGUUUCUGCCAAUUAUGCGCGGCACGUUGAACCUACCGCCGGGUGUGCGCGAUCCCGAAGUCCUGGAGAGACUUGAUCCCGUUGGCCUAUUCAACCUUUGCGCGCGUUAUCAACAUCAUCUUAAUACGAACGCGCAGACAACAGCCGCGGAACAAGUCACUCUGUGCACUAAUAUAGAAGCGGAAUUCGUUAAGACGUUGAAUUUUGCUGUUGAUCGGCAGAAGAAGUUUGCUAGAUUCGCCGAACAGCUGAACAAGAUACACGAACUCAGCCGCCAACUCACCAGAUGCCACUCGCUUCUUAAUCAAACUCUCGAGAGCCUAGAGACACUCAACAAUCUGUUACCGAUAGAAGAGAGACUUGAACCUUUUGUCUGGACCACGGGUUAAAUUGGAUCCAAAUGUUGCAAUUGAAAAUCAUUAUCGCUUACAUUUUUCUAGCAAAGAAGACCCCAUUGUAAUUCUCUAAGUUGAAAAAAUUACAAGUUAUAUUAUAAGAAUUUUGACAUCCGAUCUCUACAUGCAAUGGAUAGAAAAAUAACAAAACUAAAUUAAGAAAAAGAAAACAAAUAUAAAUUCUUUAUUGAAACACAA